AUGGCUAAACGAUGCUUGAUAGAAACUUGUAAACGAGAAGCAGAAACUUACUGCUAUCACUGCUCCCAAGAUGUAUGUACAAAGCAUUAUUUAGAACAUAAAAAAUCCAUUCAAGAACAGUUACAUCCGCUUAUUGAUGAAGUGAACUCGAUAUACGAUCGUCUGAAUCAUGGUGAUAAAAAUCGAUCGAAAUCUUUUCCGCACUACUUCACCGAUGUAUACAGUCAAGUUGAUCAAUGGCGUGCUGAUUGUCACGAUCAUAUUGAUGUUGUUUAUCAUCGAGCUCGAAGUCAAAUUGAAACUAUUGUAAAAACUCAUCAAAAUGAAUUAACUCAAAAAGUAAUUAGCAAUUUAGAAUCACUGGAAAAAAUGCGUCAACAACUGAGAGAAUUAUUAAAAGAUGGAGAUGUUACGCAUCGACAACUUGAAGCGCUAAAACGACAAUUAGAAGAGUUUAAAAAGAAAGAACAAGAAGCCAUAAAGUAUCCCGAUAUUCGCAUCAUAACUGUAAAAUUUGACAUUGAAAAACAUAUCAAUAUCACGACUGUUGACAAACAUUCAAUAGAAAAACAACAGCAAGUAAAAUGUCUUCAAAAAUCACCUUCAAAUAAGUGA